AUUUUCUUUAAAUAUUUCACACACGUUAAGUUUUUAUAUUAUAAACAUCUUCCAUAUUGUUUCCAAAAUCUAAAAUGUCUGAAGAAAAUCAAAAUAUUAUGGAUUGGGAGAAAUUAACAGUACCAGAUUUAAAAUCAGCAUUGGUAUCGAGGGGAAUGCCAACAUCAGGACGUAAAUCUGAACUUAUAUGUAGAUUAAAAUCUACGGAGAAUAAGGAAAUAGAUAGUUCACAAAGUUUAACCGACAUGCAUGUACUUAGAGAAGAAACAAGCGAAACUAUAUGUGAAACUUCAAUAACCUUUGAAAGUAAUGGUAUACAUACUCCUGAAAAUAUAAUAAUGAAUGAUGAAUCAAUGGCUGUAAAUAUAUCCGAAAAUGAAAAUAUGCAAUUCCUUCAAAAUGGUAAAAUGGAAGAUAUAAAUAACAUAAUUGACUUAAAUGAGGACAUAUUGUUGGAAAAUGAUCUUGAGGAAAUAGUUGAAGAUAUAAAAGAUGGAUUCAAUGAAAACGAGAUUAAACUGGAAGAUAAUAUAGUUGAAAAUAGUGAGGACAUUAAUAUAACUGAAAAUUCAGUAGAUAUUAAAGGCGAUGAAAACAAUCAAGAAGAUCAUGAUGCACAAGAAGAAAAAAGUUUAAAUGAAGAUAAAAAAAGAGAUUCUAAAGAAAAAAAGUCCAAAGAUCGUAUGGAUAUUCACACUUAUCGAAAAGAUGUUAAGAGAAGAACUGUAAAUAUUAGGAAUUUAUGUGAUGAUCUGAAUGAUGAUAUCAGGGAGUUUCUUGCCAAAUCUGAACAAUACACUCUGAGAUUCACUCGUGAUCAUUCACCAUCAACCAAAAAAACAGGCUAUGCUGACAUUAAAUUUGCCACUGUGGAAGAUGCGAAAGAAGCAAUAGGUAAAUUGCAAGGUGUUGUAAUCAAUGAAAAAGAGGUUGAUGUUCGACAUUCUCUCGAUGAGUUAGAUGAAAAACCAACGGAGCCAGAUCCUAAAGACCUUAAAACGAUUUAUAUUGGAAAUCUUCCCACUUCUGCUACGAAAGAAAUGUUGACUGUCAUUUUUGUUGAAGCUAAAGAAAUUGAUAUGCCUUUAGAUAAUACAGGAAAACCCAAGGGUCAUGCCUAUCUUGAAUUUGAGAAUGAGGAGGAAGCUAAAAAAGCUUUGGAAACAUAUGCUGGUGUUAGUAUUGAUGAUGGUGAAGCCACCAGACAAUUGAAAUUACUACCUGCAGCAGAAAGCAGAAAAGAAAAGAAUAAGUCACGCUCAAGAUCUAAGGACAAGAGGUCUCAUGGUAAAAAUGAUUCAUCCAAAAAAAGUAGGAACAGAAAUUAUGACGAUAGGCCCAAAAAACAUUUCAAACGUGAUUAUGAUCAUGACAAAUAUGAUAGACGGAAUAAUCGAGAUUUUAACCGAAAUCCAUACAAUAAUUAUAGAAAAGACUGGAAUUCGGGGCCUAACAAUUCAAUGAACCAAUCUCUAAUUAAUCGUGUCAAUCCUCAAGCUGCUAUGAAUUUGUUGGUUGGUGUUAGUCAGCUAUUAAGCCAGCAGCAACAAACACAGCAAAAUUUACUUUCAGGCUUUAACCCUGGAACUCCAAAUAGAGGCUAUAAUUCAACUAUCGGAGGAGAUUCAGGUAGUCUGAAGAGAAGGUAUGAAGAUAGACCUUCCUACUAUGAUAGAAGAGUAAAUAGAAGAGGAGGUGAUGGGGGAAGAAGAUACUAAAAAAUUAUUUUGCUAAUAAAUAUUGUAUUUUUUAAUAGUUAUUGGUAUAAAUCUUAGAAUAAUUUUUCUUAGCUAUUUUAUGUACAUUACACUUGUUAUUACAUUAUAUUUUAUAUCUUUGAUUAUUUAUAAUAUCCAAUCUAUUGAAGGGUAUUUUUAUUUGUACAUAUUACUUAUAUAAAUAUAAUAAAUGUAUUUUAUAAUUCUA